AUGACUGCUCCAGAGGAAAGAGAAAAGAAUGACAGUCUUAACCAAACAAGUGCCACUAUUGCUGAUGGCGCAACGGAGCAGUCAAACCAUCGAGAACGCUCUUUCAAAGAUAUAGCACUCGAGUCGGACUUUGGUACCGACAAAGAAUCCAGCCGAAUUUCCAUAUCUUCAAUGCAAGCUCUGAAAGAUGGAUCGGAAAUUCUUGAGCCGGAUGAAGCUAUUGUCAUCGCAGAGUCUUCUCAGAAUAAUUUUGAAACUACGAAAGACGAUGAUCCCGAAGACAACAGGAACUCGAUUAUAGAACAAGUAGUGGCUGCAGCACAAUACGGAGAUAUAAAGGUUUUGAAGUUCUACUUAACAAAAUCUACGGAAAACUCAAACCCCUUGUCACCCAACCUAACUGACUCAGAGGGGAUAACCUUGGUCCAUUGGGCAGCCCUGAACAACAAAUUGGCGGCCAUGAAAUUUCUAGUAUCUAUCGGGGCUGAUCCAGACGUGCCGGCGGGUGACAUGCAUGCCACACCCUUGCUAUGGGCCGUACGGUACGGUCUUGUUUACAUUGCGGAUUGGUUGAUUAGAGAGGCCAAAGUGGAUGUCAGUAUAGUUGAUAAGAAUGGAAUCGGCAUUUUGCUGGCCUCUGUGUUUUCAAGUAACGUGAUGAUGGUUUUGUACAUAAUAUGGACUUUGAAUGAUAAUGGAGACUCGGAGAGCACCGCCAUCGUCGGUUUGGCCGGAAUCGACACAGUAGAUCAGAAGGGAAGAACAGCGUUGCAUUGGGCAGCCUACCAAGGCGAUUUUUUGACUGUUGAUGUCUUACUUGCAGCAGGUUCUAAUGCCGAUCUUGUUGAUGCUGAUGGUUUUACUGCAUUGCAUUGGGGAUUGGUAAGUAAUAGCAGAUCAGUUGUUUCCUCUUUGGUGAAUUACAAAUGUAAUAUCAACGCUAAAACAAAGGAAGGGAAAAGUGCAUGGAAUGUUGCUUCCGACAUGAAAUGCUCCAGUAUGUGGUACUCAAUUUUGAAAGAUGAUGGUAGGAAUCCAGUUACUGGAGAGAAAGCGAAAAGAUUGUUAUCCAAAAUAUCGGCAAAAUGCAUUGCAUUUUUCUUACCAUACUUCACCCUACCGUCUGCAAUUGCCAUACUUGUUUCCCCAAUUAUGAUAGCAAUCAAAAUUUUUUUGCUCUUCUUUCUGUUGAUAGCACAGCAGGUUAUAUUAACCAAAAUAGUUUUGCCAUCUUACAGGAAAGGUAAAAUUAGUCUUCUGAAGUCUUCUUUUUUUGCCGGGGUAUUUUCUGCCUCUGUUUUCAUAUGCAUAUUAAUUUGGGUAUUUCUAUUGAUGCCAUAUACAUUGGGAGAUGAAAACAUCUCACACUUGAUCUUAUUGUUUGCGGUAACCGGCUUGGUAUACUUUUUCUUUAAAGCAAUGUUGAUGGACCCAGGUUUUAUCCCGAAGGAAAUUGACUACAAGAUAAUUUCCAGCACAAUAUACGAACUUCUUGGAAUGAGACAGUUUGACUCAAAUCAUUUCUGCAUUCAUUCACUAAUCAGAAAACCCUUACGCUCAAAGUUUUCGAAAGAAAAGAAACUUAACAUAGCUCGGUUUGAUCAUUACUGUCCUUGGGUGAACAACAAUGUUGGAGUAAGAAAUCAUAAAGUUUUUGUUGCUUUUGCAGCUUUCCUUGAAAUUGCAGUUAUAUGUUGGGCGAACUUGACACUCGAAUAUUUUGAUGAGCUUCCAGAUAAGGCUGCAAAGCACUGUGGAAUUUUAACAGAAAAUUUAUGCUCGGGUUAUUACGGCUCCACGUUUGUAUUUUACUUUUUUUGGUGGAUUAUGUUACAGCUUGUUUGGUUAUCGAUUUUAUUGAUUGUUCAAUUUGUUCAGAUCUCAAAGGGAUCGACAACUUAUGAGUUUUCACACAUGCAUAAACUGGCUUCAAACGAGACUACAUUUUCUUCCGUUCCCUCUGAUGAUCCUGUUGCGUUUGAAGUCCGUAAUGAGGAAGUUGCAGACGGUGUCAAUUACAAUGAAGAUGACAGCGACGCUGAAAAUAUUGAAGCAAACAUAUCGCAAACGUUGAUUUCGGGCACACCUAGUGCUGACCCUGCAAAAAAACGGAUAUUCACUUUGCCAUUGAUAUUCAUAUCAAAAUUAGCAUCUUCUUGGUUAUGCCGGAUGGUGGGACUUGAUCAAAUGGUGAUACUUACCAACGAUUUAAUUCAAGAAAAAAAGCUUGACCGGCCCAAGUUAUUGUAUAACUAUGGAUUCAAACAAAACUGGUCUGAUUUUUUGUUUUUAAGGAGAAUUGGUGAUGUAUAUUCUUUCAGGACCUUAUUUGCGUUACCAAUAAAAGGUGAGAGUAACCUCAAUGGGGAACUAGUCGAUUACUAUAAACUUUAUUCCGUCGGUGAGCCAGUAUAA